UAGGGGAAUCAUGAUCUCGCGGACCUCGUAUUUCCAGUUCCACAGUCUACUGCCGCUUAGCGAUUUCGUCGCUUCGUGUAUGGUCGCGGCGCUCGGCGUUACAUAUUGUUUUUCGAGCCGCCUGCACUGCUGCGCCGGACAAGCUCUCGCGGCGGGAAACGCGCGUGUGCAGCCGAGCCCGAUCCGCGCUGCGCCAGUUUCGUAUAUUCCUCGUACUACAGCGUCAAAUUAUAUACUAUUUACUACUCUGCGUGCGACUGCCUUUCGCGCGACGCGGUCUGCGCGCCCGGUUUUACAGCUCCGUGCAGCAGUGCUGUCAGCGGCAGUGCGUGGCGCUGUAAUACAGCCAGUGUGCACGAGUGUCGGUGACUGUGCCGUCGCCGAGGCCGGCGAAUCUACUAAUACACCUUAUACAUACAGAGAACACGCGGCUCGGAGCACCUUCGCAUUCUCGAGGCAGGAAGUGACUCCGAGUUAUAAAGCGAGAGAAAAGAAGAAGAAGAAGAAGAAGAAGAAGCAGACGAAAAAGCUGUCAGCAAAAGAAAACCCGGAUGCUGGGUAGAAGCAGCUUCUUUGAACGUCGGAAAUUCUGCUGAUCCUCGAGCAGUCGAUCCACUUCUCCGGUUUGCCUUAAUUUUUUUAUACACGAAAAAGAGGAUAGAGUGGCAGAGAAGGAAUAAACACGAAGGCCCGCCUUGGGGGAAAGACUCGUCAACGCCGGACACAAUGGAUUUUAGAGGCUGGAAAGGCUUUUCACAUCUUCAGUACCGUGGUAGCAGCAGUGCCCUCAUCCUCCUCCCGAGAUCGUCCACCAGUAGCAAGAGCAGCAGCAGCGGCAACAGCAAGGUCGUCAGCGGCGCAAUCGGUAGCGGUAGAAGCAGGGGCAGCCGGUGCACGACGAGAAGAAGAUUAGCAGUAGCCAAAGGAGUAGUAUCGUGUGCAGGCCGCCAGCUAGUGCCGGCUAAAGAAUGUCCGAGCAGCGCAGCUUCAGGCCAAUAAACCAGCUGUGGGGAGGCGCUGCAUCGACGGACGCAGACUCGGAGUGCCUGUACGAGGAGAUAAGCGGCCCCUCGGCCGAGGACUCGGCUUCCUCCGUCUGCGUGCAUCCGGCCCAGGCGGCAGCCGCAGCGGCCCAGCAGCGCAGCGUCAGGCGCAGCCGGAAACUGGAGCAACACGCCAGCAGGCCGAAGCGCUCAGCAGAGGCCUCAGCCGAUCACCACCAUCAUCAGCAGCCGCGGCAUCGCGCACAGAGCAGCCAGCAGCAGCAUGCGCUGCGACCCAGCAGCAUCAAUUACCAGGGCGAGAUCGGUGGUCUCGAGGCUCGUCAAAGACAGGCGUCAACGUUCAAGCUGACGAGGGGGCGCUCCGCGGCAGCUCGCUACCUCCAGACCACGACGACGACGACCACGACCACGCAUUACCAGCAGCCUCCGGGCUUCGGCGGCCCGCCCAGCCUCGCCGGAGCCGCUAGCCAUUCGACGGCGCCGCGCAUACCCCGUCACGGCGUCAGGCCGGCACGACACCACUUCGGACCACGCGGAUCCUUCAGUAAUGAGACGCAGGAAGAGGUACAGGAGGAAGACGAGGCUACUCUCAGAGAGCUGCUAAUAAGUCUGCAGAAGCAGGUGAGCGUGAUGAGCAUGAACCUGAGCGCGAAGCUGGACGAGCUGCAGCGCGGCGACCGCCAACUCGAGACGACCGUCGCGCUCUGCGAGAUCCGCACGCAGCUCCAGGAGCUCACCAAGAGCGUCGAAUCCUGCCAGAGCGAGGUCAGCGAGGUCAAGCGGGACAUGGUGGCUAUCAAGCACGAGUUGGAUACCGUUCAGCAAGUGAAGGAAGAAAUAGAGGAACUGCGGUCGUACGUGGAUCGACUGGAGGAAAGCUCGCACCGAAGGAAACUUAGGCUUCUAGAGCAGAUUUUUUCAUUUAUUUCUUGUGGGUUGACGUUCUUCCUGUCGUAUGCGAUACUGGCAGCAGUCCUGGGAAUGCUGCAGUUCGGAUAUAACACUGGAGUUAUAAAUGCGCCAGAAAAGAACAUCGAAUACUUCAUGAAAGAUGUGUACAAGGAUCGAUAUGGCGAGGACAUUUCCGAAGACUCGGUGCAGAGGCUAUACUCGCUGGCAGUCAGCAUAUUCGCAAUCGGAGGAAUGCUCGGGGGCUUCAGUGGAGGGAUCAUUGCCAACAGAUUUGGCAGGAAGGGCGGACUGCUGCUGAACAACGUUGUGGGUAUCCUGGGUGCCUGCCUGAUGGGCUGCACUAAGAUCGCCCACUCGUACGAGAUGCUGUUCGUGGGGCGUUUCGUCAUCGGCGUUAACUGCGGCCUCAACACGUCCCUCGUGCCCAUGUACAUAUCGGAGAUAGCGCCGCUAAAUCUGCGCGGCGGCCUUGGCACGGUCAAUCAGCUCGCGGUCACCAUCGGCCUACUCGUCUCCCAGGUCCUCGGCAUCGAGCAGAUCCUCGGCACCAACGACGGCUGGCCCGUGCUGCUCGGCCUCGCCAUCUGUCCGGCUGUGCUGCAGCUGCUGCUGCUGCCCUUCUGCCCCGAGUCGCCUAGGUAUUUGCUCAUUACGAAGAAGUGGGAGGAGGAGGCGCGCAAGGCUCUGAGGAAGUUGCGGGCGAGCAAUCAGGUGGACGAGGACAUAGAGGAGAUGAAGGCCGAGGAGCAUGCCCAGCAGGCAGAGGCCACCAUCUCCAUGUCCGAGCUCAUCUGCAGCCCGACCCUGAGGUCACCCCUCAUCAUUGGCGUCGUCAUGCAGCUGUCGCAGCAGCUCUCCGGUAUCAACGCUGUUUUCUACUACUCGACGGACCUGUUCACGACGUCGGGCCUGCCGCACGAGCGCGCCAAGUUCGCGACAAUCGGCAUCGGCAUCAUCAUGGUCAUCAUGACCCUCGUCUCCAUUCCACUGAUGGACCGCACCGGCAGGCGGACUCUGCACCUCUACGGCCUCGGCGGCAUGUUUAUCUUUUCCAUAUUCAUCACUAUUUCGUUCCUUAUAAAGGAGUUUUUUGGUUACGUACAGGAAAUGAUAGACUGGAUGUCGUACCUGGCGGUCGUCUCGAUCCUCGGCUUCGUCGUGUUCUUCGCGGUGGGGCCGGGCUCGAUACCCUGGAUGAUUACGGCCGAGCUGUUUUCCCAGGGCCCGAGGCCUGCAGCCAUGUCCAUAGCGGUCCUCGUCAAUUGGAUAGCCAACUUCCUCGUUGGAAUUUGCUUCCCAAGCAUGAAGAACCACCUCGAAAAUUACACGUUCCUACCGUUCAGUGCAUUCCUAGCGGUCUUUUGGAUCUUCACGUACAAGAGGGUCCCCGAAACCAAGAAUAAGACCUUCGAAGAGAUUCUAGCAUUGUUCAGGCAUGGUAAUGGCAGGAGCAGUGUGCGGGACAGCAUAGUUUACGGUUGUGUUUCCAGCUGGCUCCGAACGGUGUUCCGGCGACGCUCGUCCCGCUCAACCGGAGAGGCCACCGCCCCCGCUUCCCCCGCCACGCUUUCCGAACAGCGCUGUCUGACACUGGGGAACUCGUCCUCUUAAUGCCAUCGCCCAGGGCCGCAGGCUCGUCCAGGGCCUCGAGGCCCGUCUGGCCCACCUGCUGGCCGAGCGCGCGCGCGCCUGCGCCGACUACUUGCGAGACUCCUGCGGACAACCCUCGACCUCCACCGACGAGUAUCAGCUGCGGCACGACCUGUGCCACUGCCCGCCGAACCAGCCCUCGGCCAUCUCGCGCUGAGCCGCUUGAUCGACCCACCAUCGUACUGCUCGCUGCAGCGGACAAGACGAGAGACGGAGAGAGCACCCGAGCGAGAAUAUUCUACUUUCUUUUUACCGCUUCGUAGACGUUACAGCCUGCGUUAUAUAAAGUAUCUGUAUGAUUAUUCCUGCAUUUUGUAAAAUGAUCCCGCGACUGCUCGCGUUCGCUGUCGUAGCUCGAUCUCGGCGCUGUUGUUGCUCUCAUUCGAGGUAUACACAAGACGAUGCGUACAAUGUUAUACACAAAGACUGAGAAGCUCUUUGCGAAGUAAACUCGCGGGCGUCGAAGCGAUGGGAGGAGCUAGAGCUGGAGGGAACGUUUUUAUUGAGUAGCUAGGAAUCCGACGUAUUCUAGAAACAAGAGGGUCUUGAUAUUAAUAUCCGCAGUCGAGGAGAAGAGAACUAAACGGCUCUUUCAAUGGAAGGGACUGCACUCUUCCCCUCGGACAGUUGGUAACGCGAUUAGCAGUGCGACGAGAUGGGGAGAGAGAAAAGCGAGCAGUUUCUAUUGUUAAGAGACAUCAUCAUUCGAGAUUGAAAGUCUAAAAUUAAAUUUAGCUUUUUCGAACAAUCGUGAACGAAAUACGACGUCUUAUUCUUCUUCUUCGAGUGCUCGCUCUUUGAAAAUCACACGAAAAAAAGGCAUUCGAAGUUUCGGAGAAACAAGCGCGCAGUAGUAAGUAUUACGAAAGAAGCACUAAAAGCAAUACGAGCAUUACGAAAAAAUUGCCUCUCUACUCGGGGUAUCCUUCGCGAUUGGCGAGUGCACGGAGGCUCGAAAGAACAAUGGUAAAAAAAAACGCUAUGUAGUUGAUCAGUGCCUACUGUGCCCAAUUAAUUAAAUAAACAACAAUAAAUCGAUGAAACGAGAAAAACGUCACGAACAGAAGCAGAUGGGUGGUGCGCAUCUGGAUCGACGCGCGUAAGUACGCGUUGACUAUCGUGAAUGCUUAAUUAUAUGCAACUAACACACAUAUACAUAUAUAAUUAUAAACAUACGACUUGAGAAAGAACGACUUUUGUAAAUCAGUAUUAUUAUCAUUAUAUUGUUAUGAUUAUUAUAUGGCGCGAUGAUCUCAUGUGAUUUGCACAUUAUUAUGACAUACCGUAUAAGUAGCUAUAGCUAGUUGUCGUUCCGAAUGCGGUACACACGAGUCGAAUAAACGUGAAAUAGUGAGAGCGUGCGCGAGGAAUCGAGCGAAUCGUGGGUGUAACGGAAGGUUUCCAUAGCCCUUUGUUCCAAUAUUUUCUAUAAGCAGUUGAUGUGUAUUCGUUAUUUAUAAAUGAGCAUCGUAGCAAACGAUAAUGUUUUCCAACCGAAUUCAAUUGGUUUUUCGACAUCGAGUAUAUAUGAUAUUAUAUUAUACAAAACAUUAGGCUUUGAUAAAAGCAUCUAACAUUUAAGUAAAUUUUAAUGUGAGAUAAUGGAAAAACGUAGAAUUUCGUAUAAAAUAUUUGAAAUAUAAUAACUGCCAAAUUAACAUAACGAUUGAUACUGUUUAACAUAAACGUCAAAAAGUUAAAUAAUUAAUAUGUAACUGAUACAAAGUCGGAUAUUACGAUACGCGAAAAAAAUUAAAAAUCUGCCUCAAUAAGUCGCAUUUAGAAUUUUUUAAAGGUGAAUGAAGACCAAAUGCCUUAGGUAUAUACAUGGCUAAAUCCUUCAAAGGAGUGCAAAAACAAUACACUAAACGCUUUUCGAAAUUUGAAGAAUUAAAAAAGUCGUGGCGGCAUUUCAAUUCAUUAAGUCUUAAUAAAUUAUUGGGUUUUUCUCAUGCGUUUGAAUACUCAUUUUGUAUAGAUUUUCGUUGUUGUGACUUCAUUCACACUCUCAUACACAGAGUUGCUGAAUGUUGCUACACACUCUUGGUAUGAAGAUUAAAAAAAAAUAAUAAUAAUGGACGUCUUAACGAAAUUUCUUUUUAAUUUCCGUUCGUAUGCAAGCCUUUCAGUGUGGGAUUUUUUUUAUUAAACAUUUGAUAAAAUGAAUAAUUGUAUAACGAUUUAGGAAUUUCUACGUUUUCAAGAUAUUUAUAAUAAAGUUCAAAAGAAACUUAUUACAAUAUCUGAAUGAUUGAUAACCGAUUGAUUUUCUUUACGUACUGCGGAACAUUUUUUGACAUUUUCCUGUAGUUCGUAAACGAGUCUCUAGUGAUAUUAUUUCUCCGGGCGUCAGUAUAAUAUUGGGAAACCUUCCCUUAUAUGUACAUACUUGUGUAAAUAAUUCCAAUCUUUUAAUUCCAACGCGCUGUGAAAAACGUCCUUAUUGGAAUUUAAUGGUGUGCGCGUUAUACGAGGGAUAUAUAAGAAAUAAAACUCGCGAGAGCAUAACAGUAUUCGGAUUAAUAAAAACGAGGAUGAAUUCGUGUUCUAUGGUUAAAACGUUAAUUUGAUAUGGAAAUCACUUAUAACGAAGUAGUGUCGAAUAUUCAAUAAAUAUAAUUAUUGAUUUGACUAUUCAAACAAUUAAACUAUCAAUGAAUAUAUAUUUUUUAAAAUUGCUUGACGGAAAAACAUUUGUCAUAGUCCGGGCGCUGGUGCAAUCUGAGUGUAAAUUUUGAGCUCCCCUUAGUAACUUGGAGUUUUUUUAUCAUUUUGGGAUGCUGAAUCGAAAUUUGUUAGUUACGAAGCCCGAAACCCGUCAGUUUUUUGUUAUAAACUAAUUACUGAUUUGCAAUAAACAAAUAAUCGUUAAUUGCAAUUGAAAAAAAUUGGGUUACAUUAUUUAGGUAUUAUUAAAUCGAAAGUACUCUUACAACUUUUUUCGUAAGACGCAUACUUUAUGAGUUAAAAAUCGCGGGAAAUUGUAUUUUGUGAAAACUUUAUUGAUUUUUAACUCAAAAAGUAUACGUUUUACGAAAAAAGUUGUAAGAGUACUUUCGAUUUAAUAAUACCUAAAUAAUGUAACCCAAUUUUUUUGGGUGCAAAUAACGAUUAUUUGUUUGUCGCAAAUCAGUAAUUUGCUUAUAAAAAAACUGACGGGUUUCAGACUACGUAACCAACAAAUUUCGAUUCAACAUCCCAAAAAACAUAAAAAAACUCCAAGUUACUGAGGGGAGCUCAAAAUUUAUACUCAGAUGGCACCAGCGCCCGGACUAUCAGUUAAAAUCUUAAUCACGAAAAGUUACACUAACUAUUGUAAACAUACUCAAAAAUACAACCUUAAAAAUAAAAGAUAUAAAAAAUAUGAUAAAAUUAUUAAAUAUAGACAUAAUGUAUUGCACAGCGCACAAUUUUAUUUUCAUUCGCACUAACAUCGUGAGAUUCGGUCAAAAGAAGCACCGCGAAUCACCAAAAUCUCCUGCGACGAUGCAUUUGCAACACGAGUAUCGACUAUAUAACACAAUAUACUCCGCAUCAAUAAUGUAAAUGUAAGAAUCGUUUCACGUUACGCGUAUAACUAUGACAUUAAUAUGGCUUAUACUAUCUACAUGAUUAAAUUUUGUAACGAAGAAUUUGUGUAAAAGCUAUAUCUCUCUAACAAAUAAUAACAAUAAAAACUAAUUUGCUGUUUGUGGGAAAAAAUGGCUAAACCCAACAUGAACUAAUACAAAACUUUAUUCAAAUUAUAUACAAAUCUUUCAAUACAUGUGGAAAAAUAACAGGCCUAAUAAACUCUAUCAAGUUUUGCUUGCAUCGAAGUGGCGAACAACUUUCUAGAAAUUUUUCAUCGAGACUUCUGAUUUGUUCAAUUAGCGCAGUACGUACUCUUUUAUUAAAUUUGUGAAUUCGCUCUCUUCGGCCGACUUGAUUGUAUGUUCAAGUUUGUUUAUCUCUUUAAAACAUGUCUUUUUACCUGUGUGCAUACAUUGAAAGACGUAUGUAAUUCCCGUUCCUGUUAAACAUAAUCAAAUGAUAUUGAAUAAACUAAAUGAUGUCUUAAAGAAUUUUUUCUCAUUGUAUACCAGAACUGAAAAUGAUUAAACCGGAAGUGAAAAAUAAAACUAAAACGAAAGUAACGGCGAGCCAGAGAAAAGAAAUUGAAUAAAUUGCGCAGCCGAGCAAGAAACGUAAAUGCACUGUCGUCGUGAGAAUCGUCUUAUCAUAAUUAUCGAAACUUUGCGAUACUGCAUUAUAAUGAACGAAAAAAAACGUAGGCUAGUAAGAUUCUAGGCUACUACUACUACUACUACUAUUACUAUUACUGCUACUACUAUAGUAACGAGAAGUAAGAAAAAAAGUGGAGAGCUCUUUCACAAUACCUAAACCGUACAUAUCUGUUGUACACGUAAUAUACGUGUAUGUGUAUACAGCAGUGGUGCGAGUACAUAAAGCUGCCGGGGAGAAGACACAAAAGUCGAGUAGUACGAGGUGGAAAGACAAAGGGUAGGGCUGAAGAAAAAGGUCGUGAAAAUGCCUCGUUUCUCGUUUGCGUAAUGGCUGUACAAUAAUCCCGAAUAUGCAUAUAAAUAAUGACCUGCUGCACGGGCUGCAGAGAAAAAAAUGCGAGAUGACUUAGCAUAUUCAUUUUUUAAUUAAUUCUAAGCUACGCUCGUAUAUUUCGUGUAUAUUUUUUUCAUGAAUCGAACACUUUGUUUCAUUUAAUGCUGAAAUUUCGUUGGUUUGAUCGAGUUGCUCGUGUCUUGAUUGCUUUCGUUGUCAAGCGCAGAAUCUAAAAGUUUCAGCAAAACGAGGAAAUAAAAGAAGACCAAAGCACCGAUUAGCCAGCCUCGAACAAGCGUACAGCUAAGCAGGAAAUUAGAUCACAGCAACAAUUUGCAAGAUAUGUUCACUGCCAUUAAAACGACUUACAAAUAUGCGCGAGCUUUUAAGUAUUAUACAAGCACGCAUCGAAAUUUCACGAAAAAUAACAACGUGGGAGCGAAAGAAAAAAUUACCGUGAAUAUGUACAACUUUGUCAAGUACGUAUUAAGGUAUCGUCUAUAUAAACCACUGACUACUCACAUAAAUGUAAACGUGAUAAAAGACGCGAAUAAUGAUAAAAUGCAAUGAGAGGGAAUAUAAGAAAAAAAAAAGAAAUAACAAAAUGAACCCUGCACUAAUUAGGUUUAAUCGUAAAGAAAUGCUAACAGUUAGGCACUGUAUCGAUAUGACAAAAUGAAUAUAUUAUAUAUACAUAUACAUAAAUAUAAAUAUAUACAUAAACGAGGAAAAUCGUAGGUCGAGAGAGAUUGAGUGCGAUUGGUUUGGAAGCAGUACGAAAAGAAAGAGGAGAACGAGUAAGGCAUGCAAAUAUAGACUUGCGGAGCCUGUAUGUAAUAUAAAACAAAGAAAAAUUAAUGUGUGUGUAUAUGCGUGUAUCUGAAUUUUUCGAGAAAGAUUUUGUGCGUCACCGAAGUAUAAUAUAUAACGAUAACUUCGCUCUUGAUAUAAUAUGUAAUGGUAAUAAGCGCGAAUGGCGGAUAUUAAGAGACGCGAGAUGUCAAAAGUUCAUCGGGGAAAAGGACGUGCACGUGUGUACUGCAGUUUGGAAGCGGCAAGAGUCCGAAUGCAGUAGUACAAGCAGCUAAAUAAAAUAAGCAUCAGAAGAAGCAGAUCGAGCCAACUCCCCGGAUCUUCUGCUCGGCCCAUAUACUACAUCUUAUAUUAUAGACUUUUGAAAGAUAUAGCAUAUUGUCCUUUCUCGGCGGAGGGCUGUUUUAACAGGAGAAUUAUAAUUAUUAUUUGUGGUUAUUAUUACUAUUAAUAUUGUAUAUGAGUAUGAUCGCAUUAUUAUUAUCAUUACAUGAAAGAAGUACACACACACAGGAUAUUUUAAUCGCGACGACAUUGCGAUAAAUCGAACGAAAGAAAAUAAAGUAAAAAUAAUACUAUACAUACAAAAUAGUAGAGUGAUCAAAUUUCGCAUGAGUUCUCACUCUAUAACAUAUAUAAGAUAUUCUGCCGAUUUACGAAUAUA